CCGCUAGGAGCCGCUGGGAGCCGUUGGGAGCCGUUAGGAGCUGAGAUUGCGAACCAGCGGCUGGCUGCUUCUCCUACCGGCUGUCUCUCCACCAGCAGGGGACAUUUUUUAACUUUUUAUUUCAUUUUUUUGAAUCACCGGGUGUGUAGACGGAGCUAUAUUUUUCCUCAUUCAGCCUCAGAGCAACUUGCCAUGAGCAUCAUCCGGCCGGAGACCUGAACACUCGGGUCUGGACGAGGAGAAGAUGCCUCAUGGACCGCUCCAUCACCGCCAGUGCGCCAGUUCAGGGCAUCCCAAACGCCGAAUAACAAAGAAAUGCCGAGGUUUAGCGUCAGAUGGCUGGCUGCCGUGGUGCUGAUUCUCGUGGUCGGCGGCGCUUUCUUCUUCUGCGAGUAUCUCAUUUACUUCCCGACCAUCCUCAAGUGCGCCUGGCCGAAGAUCAGCCAUGCGCGGGGCGGCGGAGAGGGCAUCGACGGCCGGCCGAUGGACUCAGCGGUCCGCGCUAUGGUGCUGUCGGACACCCAUCUCCUCGGAGCCGUCGGGGGACACUGGUUCGACAAGCUGAGGAGGGAAUGGCAGAUGGAGAGGGCUUUCCAGACCGCUCUGUGGCUGCUCAGGCCCGAAAUAGUGUUUAUUCUCGGGGACAUCUUCGACGAAGGCAAGUGGAGCUCGCAGAAGCACUGGGAGGACGACGUGCGCCGCUUCCACCGGAUGUUCAGGCACUCCACUGACACAGAACUCGUUGUGCUGGUUGGAAAUCACGACAUCGGUUUCCAUUACGAGAUGGACUGGUUCAAGCUGCAGCGCUUCGAGAAAGUCUUCAACGCUUCCUCCACCAGGAUCGUCACCAAAAACGGAGUCAACUUCCUGCUGGUGAACAGCGUGGCCCUGCACGGCGACGGCUGUCCCAUCUGCCAGUCGGUAGAGAAGGAGCUGAUCAAACUCUCUAGAGACCUCAACUGCUCUCUUCAGGUGGGAAACUCGCAGUCAGGCGGCGGAGUGAUGGACAACUGUGAAGGCUCGCAGAUUUAUCCUCCCACACCUCCCAUCAUGUUACAGCACUAUCCUCUGUACAGAGUGAGCGACGCCGGCUGCACAGGACAGGACGCCGCACCGCCUGAAGAGCGACACCUGCUGUUCAGAGAGAAGUAUGACGUGCUGUCGAAGGAGGCCUCUCAGAGGCUGCUGCAGUGGUUUAAGCCCCGCCUCAUCCUGAGUGGCCACACCCACAGCGGAUGUGAGGUUCUCCAUGACAACAAGUACCCAGAAAUCAGCGUGCCGUCCUUCAGCUGGAGGAACCGAAACAACCCAAGCUUCAUCCUGGCGUCAGUGUCACCGGGCAGCUACGCUCUGUCCAAGUGUUUCCUGCCCGAGGAGAGCACGGUCAUCAGCGUUUACUGCUCAGCCGGCGCCUGCCUCCUCCUCCUCUUCCUCGCUCACUGUCUGUGGAUGAAAGGCCUGCUGCAGUGCCUCAGCCUCUGCCUGCUGGGGAAGCACAAGUCUCUGUGAACUACAUUACCCAGCAUACACCACGUGCCGGGGAGGGGGGGAGAUGAGCCAUGAUGAUCUGGAGCCUGCUGGAGAUUUAAGGAUCUAAAAAAAAAAUGUGACAAAUGUGACGUUGCUCUUCUGAGCGGACCCCAAAAAAAAAAAUCUGUUUUUGAUUUGUUUGUCCAAAUGUUUUUUGCGGCACUGUGAAAGAUAUGAAUAUAUUUUAAUUGUCUUUAAAAAAAAAGGACUCAAAAAGUUUAUCCCUUCUCAUAUUUAUGAUGACGAUGAUGAUGUUGAUGUGCUGAAACAGAUGUGAGCCAAAAUUGCUGUAACAAAUCAAUCAGUGGCGUUUGUUUUACCUUCCUUGGGAGUGCCAGACGGGUGGAGCAUCAGGAAAAACGAAGCAUCAGCGAGUUUUUUCGAUUCCGUCACUGACUUUACAAAAGUUAUUUUGUCUGUAUAAGAAACUUCACACAGCUGAAGACAAAUCAAACAAGUGUAUAUGUAAAUAUUAUUUGUCGCUGGUCUGAUUUAAGGUGGUAAAGUCAGAUUGUACGUUGGUGGUUUAUGUCUCCUCACUCUGACGUUAACUGUGAUCUGAUGUAAACACGCUGAUCGUCUCACGUUCCGUUUGUUUCUGUUGUUGAAGUCUGAUCAAUUCAGGUUUUCUUGUUGUUUUUAAUGAUGCAUAUCUGAAUAUAUUUAUUGCUGACUUUCUGUGCCAAAUGUUUGUGAGGGUUUUUGCCAAAUUGUUGACACAUUUCUGAUGAACUGUACAUAAUAAAUCAGAAUCUUAA